AUGCGCAUCUUGUUUGACAAUUCUUUAGCAUGGUCAACUAUAGGUGAAGCAGAUUUGGCAACAUGGUGGAAAGGGAAUUUUUCAUUAGUUGCCCCUGAACUGACUAAUAUUGCUGUACAAACUCUUUCAAUCCUACAUCUUCAGCAGUACCUGAAAGAAAUUG